UGAGGAUUAUGUUAUGUUUGAGUGAUAUUAGUCUAUAUUUAAGUUUUUUUAAUGUUACAUUGUUUUAGUUUUUUUUGGGUCUUAGGUAUAAUAAUUUUUUACCAAUAGAAUAAAUCAUAGAAACUGACUAUCUAUAACAUUUUGAAAUUAAUGCAUUGCACAUUCAUCUCGAACUUCAUCACUUACAUAUAUUUCAUGCAAAGAAAGCACCCAGAGUCAAAAGUUGCAAUAGGGUACGUAGUUCGUCGCCGGCGAAGACAAAGGCGGUGGCGCCAAAUAAUGGUUUCCUAUUUUCAGGUAAAAAUAAAUACAUGGAAGAUGAAAAUGACUCUCUAAUUAGUGGAUUAAAUUGUGGUUGGAUAGAAAUCCCCAUCCACGACUAAAAAUAGCUCUCUCACCAAAUCCAUCAUCUCUAUCUCUCCAUUCCAGCUUAGCUUUUUUCCAUCACACAGAAAAAAGAAAGAGAGAGAGAAUUCCAUUUCCCCGCAUACAUAUUUGCAUGUGUAUGUGCCUGUAUGUAUGUUCUUUUCACCCCAUACACACCCUCACAUAAUUUUAUAAUAUAGAGAGAGAGAGAGACAUAGAGAGGGGAAUUAUUUAAAAAUAAAAUAAAAUAAAAUGGCCCGUUGCCUGAGCCUGACCGGGUCAGCGGACUUCCUGUACCGGAGCUUCUUCUCAUACUCGGGGCUGCGGUCGAUGAAAAGCGACCUCCAAGACGGGACGGUGAUGCACUGCUGGGUGCCGAAGAGCCACAAGGCGUCGAAGCCGAGCCUCCUCCUGGUGCACGGGUUCGGCGCCAACGCCAUGUGGCAGUACGGCGACCUCCUCCACCACCUGAUGCCGCGGUACAACAUCUACGUCCCCGACCUCCUCUUCUUCGGGGAGUCGUGGACGCAGCGCCCGGACCGCUCGGAGGCCUUCCAGGCGCGCUGCCUCAUGCGCCUCAUGGAGCUGCACGGGGUGCGCCGCCUCAGCCUCGUCGGGAUCAGCUACGGCGGCUUCGUCAGCUACAGCAUGGCCGCGCAGUUCCCCGAGGCGGUCGAGAAGGUGGUGCUCUGCUGCUCCGGGGUGUGCCUCGAGGAGAAGGAUCUCAGGGAGGGCUUUUUCCAGGUCGCGGAUUUGGAUGAGGUGGCCGGCAUUCUCAUGCCCCAGACGCCGGAGAAGCUCAGGGAGUUGAUCAAGUUUGCCUUUGCCAAGCCGGUCAACGGCCUCCCUUCCUGCUUCCUCUCUGAUUAUAUCGACGUUUUCUGUACAGAAUUUAUUACUCAAAAAAAGGAACUAAUUCGUGCAUUAACUGCCGACAGAAAGCUCGAUAAAAUUCCCAAGAUAGAACAGCCAACGUUGAUAUUAUGGGGAGAGCAGGACAAAAUCUUCCCUCUGGAAUUGGGAUACAGGCUCCAAAGGCACAUAGGUGACAAUGCAAAAAUAGAAGUGAUAAAGAAUGCUGGACAUGCUUUGAACAUUGAGAAACCAAGGGAGUUUGCUAAGCAUUUGAAAGCAUUUCUGAUUGAAACAAGUUCGACCCCAAGAUCAAUUUCGAGUUCAGCACUGAGCCUGAAUUGGAGCUGGAGUUGGAGCUCGCCCUCGAGUUCCAAUUCGAAUUCGAGUACAACCUCUAACCCUUACUCUCUCUCAUAUUUCCGACAGAAGAGUUUCUUCUGGGCUGGCACAAGCCCAAGCUCAAGCCCAAGCCAAAUUCCAGGCUCAGACCCAAGCUCAAGCCCAAGCCAAAUUCUAGGCCCAAUCCAAAUCUCAAGCCCAACUAAAAUCUCAAGCCCGACUACAAGCCCAAGACAAAUCCCAGGCCUUAGCCAAAUUGCAGGCCCUGGUUCAAGCCCAAGCCAAAUCACAAGCACAAGUCCAGGCCAAAUCCUAGGCCCAGGCCAAAUCACAGGCCCAAGUCCAAGCCCAGGCCAAAUCUUAGGCACAAGCCAAAUCACAGGCCCAAGUCCAAGUGUAGGGCUAAUCGCAGGCCCAAGUCUAAGCCCAGGCCAAAUCGCAGGCCCAGGGCCAACUUGAUAUAUACUCUCAAACAAAAAAUAUUAGGUAGAUUUGUGAACGGAUAUUGAACAUAAUCUUUUUUUUUAUUUGACUUGUGUAUAUAGUCCACUGUAAAUUAUACACAUUAAAUUGAUAUGUAUACAUUAUUUUGGAACAA